GAAGAAUAGAGAGAGACCAAACUUGGAAUCUGGACAAUAAACAAAUCUUUUUAUAUUAAAACUCCACAGAUCUCCCAUUCUGAGAUGCAGAGAGAUAAUAACAACAAUUGAGACCAAAGCUAAAUCCGAAACUGUCACCGUUUUCCUUUGUCUUCUUCUCUCUGCCAUAAUCUUUCAAUCUUUAUCUUCUUCCUUUUUCUUGUUUUUCUAAACCUUCUCCAUCUUGAAAACCAAAAAAACAACCCAAGAUGGGUACUGGUUGGCGACGAGCAUUUUGCACCACCGCCCCAAGAAACAGCGACGCAGCGGCGCCGGAUCUCGACAAGCAACGCACCGGGUACACACUUAGCCCAAGUCCUAGCCCAAGAAGCUGCGUGAAGCUAGCUUUUCUCUCCGGAGGAAGUAAUCCGUCAACUCCCCGACCAACUUCUACUCCUAGCCUACGUUGUCGGACGACCGAUACCGAAACUCCCACGACGGAACAAACACCGACGCCAAAAUCAGCGACAAAGAGUCCUAGACUGUCUUUAGCCGCUAGCUCUAACCCUUCCUCGCCUCGGUCACCGUUAAAACUUUCUCUGUUUCGCAACAGUUUCAAAUUCAGAAGUACUUGUGGGAUAUGUUUGAAUAGUGUGAAAACAGGGCAAGGUACGGCGAAGUAUACUGCGGAGUGUUCACACUCAUUUCAUUUCCCUUGUAUCGCCGACUAUGUUCGUAAACACGGCAAGCUUGUUUGUCCUGUUUGUAAUUCCAUCUGGAAAGAUGCUUCUCUUCUUGCUCCUCAUAGGAAUGCAACUGAAUCUCCACUCGACGACUCUGUUUCGGUAAUCCAGGAGAAGCGCGUUGUUGUCACGUCUUCUCCUAGAGCGAAACCGAGGCCAAAGCAAAGUGAUUAUUCGAGAUUUUACGAUGAUGAUGAGCCUUUGCUUUCGCCGAGGUUUGUUACUAUACCUGAAGCUGAUGAGAAUUGUGGAGGGGAAGAGGAGGAUGACGUGGCUCAGUUUAAGGGAUUUGUGGUGGAUCCGAACCCUUCUUUUGCUGUCAAGACUCAUGAGAUUCCAGCCAAUGGUCGAGAUUCUGGAAACGUUCAGGUGAGUUUGUUGCCUGAAGCGGCGGUUGUCUCUGUUGGGUGUGGUUACGAGACUCGUGCUGUGGCUUUGCGGGUGAAGGCGCCGCCUCCUUUAUCUGCGAGAGGCGGUGUAGGGCGUAAGCUGUUAGAUCCGUCGCAACGUGCGCCUGUUGAUCUUGUGGUUGUAGUUGAUGUAGGUGGAACAAUGAACGGUGCGAAAUUACAGAUGGUCAAACGAGCCAUGAGGCUUGUGAUUUCCUCGCUUGGCUCAGCUGAUAGGCUCUCUAUCGUUGCUGUUGUCACGACUGUUCCCAAGAGACUCCUUCCGCUGAAGAGAAUGACAGAGAACGGCAAACGCUCUGCUGGAGCAGUGGUGGAUGGGCUUCUUUGUAGUCAAGGUUCGAACACAAGCGAAGCUUUGAAAAAAGCAACAAGAGUGCUUGAAGAUCGCAGGGAGAGAAACCCGGUGGCUAGCAUCGUACUCCUAACGGACGGUCAGGGUCAGUCGAGUAAAGUCCACACAAAUCAACGGUCAACAAUAACCAACGUGGGAUCAACACGUUUUGCUCACAUUGAGAUCCCUGUUACAGAGCAUGGCUUCGGAGAGAGCGGUGGAUGUAGCAAUAUUGCCCCUGCAGAGGAAGCUUUCGCAAAAUGCAUAGGAGGAUUGCUUAGUGUGGUGGUUCAAGAUCUCAGGAUCCAAAUUCGUGUUGGAUCAGGAUCUGGACCAUGUGAAAUCUCAGCCGUUUAUCUAUGUAAUGGACGGCCUACGUUGGUUAGCUCUGGUUCAGGGUCAGUCCGGCUUGGGGACCUCUACGCAGGUGAGGAGAGAGAGCUUCUAGUCGAGCUUAGGGUCCCCUCAACAGCCACUAGGGCCUACCAAAUUUUGUCAGUUAGAGGUCUUUAUAAAGACCCAUCGACACAAGAAGUUGUUUAUGGACGGGACCAAUCUCUCCGCGUUCCCCAAGCCGUUCGAUCAUCUUCUUCUCCUAGAAUCGAACGGCUUAGAAGCCUCUUCAUAGCGACUCGGGCUGUUGCCGAGUCGCGGAGGCUCGUGGAGUAUGGAGAAUGCACAAGCGCAUACCACCUUCUGACUUCAGCUCGUGCGUUGCUUGGUCAGUCGGGAACGGUGGAAGCGGCUGAGUAUAUAAAGGUUGUGGAGGCGGAGCUGGUGGAAGUUCAGUGGAGAGGACAACAACUAAUGGAGUAUCAAAGUCAGCACCAGCAACAACAUAAUCAACGGCGGAGAGGGAGCGAGAGAGAGACGACGACGACGAUGCUGAUGGAUGAAAACGGUGAGCCGUUGACUCCAGCAUCAGCGUGGAGAGCGGCUGAGAAGCUGGCUAAGUUAGCUAUGAUGAAGAAGAGCGACUUGCACGGCUUCGAAAACGCUAGAUUUUAAUGUUUAUUUUGUAUGUUCACAUAUGAAUAAUUUUUUAUUCUGAGA